GGGGCGGGGCGGGGCGCGAGUCACCCAGUCGCCCAACACAUAGCAGCGCCCGCACUCGGCGUCAAACAGCUUCGCGGGGAGGACUCACAACACGCCCACACAUCACCAUGGCCAUGUCAUUUGACUUCUCGGGCAAGCGCAUCGUCGUCACCGGUGCCGGCCAGGGCAUCGGCCGCGCCCUGGCCACCGCCCUGGUGGCCUCCGGCGCCGAGGUGGUGGCCGUCUCCCGGACGCGCUCUUACCUGGACUCGCUGAGCGCCGAGCUGAGCUCGCCCAAGCUCCAGACCCUCACCGUCGACCUGGGAGACUGGGACGCCACCGAGGCCGCCCUCGGAAACAUCGGCGCCGUCGACGGCCUCGUCAACAACGCGGCCGUGGCCAUCAUCGAGAACUUCCUCGACAUGACCAAGGAUGGCCUGGAGAAGUCCCUCAACGUCAACCUGACGGCCGUCCUGCACGUGAGCCAGAUCAUCGCCAGGGGCAUGGUGCAGCGCGGCAAAGGCGGCAGCAUCGUCAACGUGUCGUCGCAGGCCUCCAUGGCCGCGCUGCAGGGGCACACGGCGUACGGCGCGUCCAAGGCCGGGGUGGACAACGCCUCACGCGUGAUGGCGCUCGAACUGGGAAAGCACGGCAUCCGCGUCAACUGCGUCAACCCCACUGUGGUGCUCACCGACAUGGGCAAGCUGUGGCUCGACCCCGCCCGGGGAGGGCCAAUGCUCGCCAAGAUCCCCUUGAACAAAUUCGCAGAGGUGAAAGAGGUUGUGGACACAAUUCUGUUCCUCCUCAGUGACAAUGCUGGAAUGGUCAAUGCAGUCACACUCCCAGUAGAUGGUGGCUUUCUCUCCACAUAAUAUGGGCUCAUGGAGUAACACUUCACUAAAUAAAACUGUUGAGUGCCCCACUUCAUUGAAGAGCUGGAAUCACUGGUACAACAGAAUGCAUCUCUAUCACAGCAUGGAUUGUACUAAGUACAUUUAGUGGAAUAACAUGACACAUGAUUAACAAGCAGCUGAUAAUAGUACUGGAAUUCGUAUGGCAUCAUUCACAUUUUCACAACAGUUAAACAUUCCUUUCGUCUGCAACCAUACCAAGUAAGGAAUGUACUGGUUGACAUUAGCUUUGUUAUAAAAUAAAUAUUACAUCUCAUUUAAA